AUGGCGGGCGCCGGGGCGCUCCCGCUGCUGCUGCUGCUGCUGGCGGCGGCCGGGGCCGCGGGGGUGCUCUGGGGCUCCGGGGUGAAUUUGGGGGGGGUCCUGGUGGUCCCAAAGCCCCCCCAAAUUCCCCCCCAGGUGUCCUGGAGCUUGGAGCACCGCCAGGCCCACUCGGGCACCUACGAGGUGAAGUUCUUCGAUGAGGAGUCCUACAGCGCCCUGCGCAAGGCCCAGCGGAACAACGAGGACGUCUCGCGGAUCCGGCCGCUCUUCACCGUCAACGUCGACCACAGGGGGGCCUGGAACGGGCCCUGGGUGUCCACGGAGGUGGUGGCGGCUGCCAUCGGGCUCGUGGUUUAUUACCUGGCCUUCAGCACCAAGAGCAGCAUCCAGGCCUAAAAAACCCUAAAAAUACCCCAAAAAAACCCCAAAUGUUUUUUGUUUUACAACAAAAAAAAAUACAUCCCCAAACAACCCCAAAAACCAACCCAUAACCCCGAUAAACCCUAAUAAAAAACCAAAAAACGCCCCAAAGCUCUUGUGUUCUACGGCAAAAAUAACUCAUCCCAAAAACCAACCUAUCCCCCCAGAAAAA